AUUUAAAGAUCAAAGCAUUGAGAAAAGUGCAUAACAUUUUUAUCAUAAAUUUAUGUAUACAUGAUUUAUUAGUUAUGAAUACUAUUCCAACUUUUAUUGACAGUCAACUUACAGGAGGUGUAACAUUUAAGAUAGAUGCCUACUGUCAGGGAACAUCACUGGUGUUAGCUGUGGGCUGCAUAGGCUCUAUAUGCAACAUUUCUACAGUUGCAGUGAACAGAUAUCUUGCAAUUUGUCACACAAAUAUUUCAAGAAGCAUAUUCACAUGGAAAAAAUGUGCUAUAAUGAUUGCUAUACUGUGGAUCUAUGCAAUAUUGUUGGUAUUGCCAACACAACUUGGAUGGGGCUCAUUUAUUUUCCAACAAAAAUCAGAUGUUUGUGUGUUUGACUGGACUGCUAGUGAUAGCUAUACUAUCUUUUUAGGCAUAUUUGCAUUUCUUGUUCCAUCAAAUGCUAUUAUGUUUAGCUAUUGGAAUAUUUAUAAGACUGUCCGUGCAAGUGCGAAGGCAGUUGGGGCACAUGUGGUUAAGAACAAAAACACCAAAUCAAGCCAAAAUGCUGGUGUAACAAAUGCAUGGACAAAACCAGCCCCAAAGAAAACGAGCAGAACAGAUAUUAAACUAGCUAUACAAUUACUAGUACUAUUCAUAAUAUUUUGUGUUUGCUGGACACCAUAUUUAUUGAUAUCCUUAAUCAUUGACCGUGAUGCACUGCUGCCUAAACCAUUAUACUUGUUUGCUGGAACUUUGAUAGGUAUGAAUAGUGUCAUCAAUCCACCUGUGUAUCUAAUUUUUAACAAAUCAUUGAGAACAGAAUUGAUUAAAUGUUUACCUUCAUAUUGUCAGCGUGUUAUAACCAGGAAGAGUAGGGUAAAUGAGAUCCAGGAUGCACCCACUGAAACCGUAGACGCUUAA